CGCAGAGUUUAGAUUUUAAUGAACUUACAAAAACACAUAUGAAUUUAUAUGCAUGUACACAUUCAAGAAGGACCAAAGAACCCAAGACUCGGAAGGGGAGAAAGAAUGCACACUGCCUGCUCAGCGAAUCUCAAAAGAGGAACUAAGAGUCGCAUGACUAUUGUUCGCAUGACUAUUGUGUUGCAAGUGUAUCCGUUACUAUUGUGUUGCAAGUGUAUGGAAAAACCCAGAUGGUCUGAGAGAUUGGGUCACACAGCCAGUAUAAAUAAGGCUGCUUUUUCAGUGUUAGUUGUUGCAUCUUGCUAGAAGAUUUUUGCGUGCAUCCGUGAAGGUAAUCAUUCUUCAGUCCAGCUUGCUGGAACAUAUAUUGCUUUAACUGCUUAGCUGUAUGAUGAUAACUUGACCUGCUCAUAGAAAGACAAGGCUAGUUAUUCAUUUGAUAUUUGAACUGUGUAUGUUAAGAAAAACUUUGUGACUGAACCACUUAUACAGGACUGCCCUGUUAAGUUGGGAGAAACUGAGGUAUUAUAAUCUGUAACCUUUUCUUUUGUUGCUACUAUUAACAAUCAUUGUGUAACCAGUGUUAUUAUCGUUUGUAUAAAUAAAUUUUCAUUUUAUAAAGAUAAAAGUUGAAUAGUUCUUUGCCUCGGGUCACAAUACCAGUUCCAUAAGCAAUAGUAAGAGCAUUAGAGCUACCCUUGCGAGGGCAAGAGGUCACCAGGACUCCACGGAAGCAUCUCCACGGAGGGGUCGACAAUCCUAACCAAAAGCCCGAACCGCCAGAUACAAGCAAAAACCCGUUUAAGGUAGGACAGACAGUUUACAUCCUACUUAAACGCAAAGAUCAAAGAUUCAGGGCAAAAACAGGGACUGAAGAUAAGGUAGUCGAGUUAACCUCCAAUACUACCGUUAGGUUGGAGGCGAACGGGAUUUGGUCAAUCCGAAAUCUGGUGGGGAGUAAAGAUUGUGUAUAAGAGCAUGAAUCAAUUCAGUACAGCCAAAGUGUCGUUCCAGCUGGGCGUGAAGUGUCCAGCAGAGGGCGUCAUAGUAGUGUGUAAGGAUUUGAGUGAUUCAUUCUUGGUGAAGACAUGGCAUAAAGACUGUCAGGAGGGAACUCCGUCAGUUAGGAGGAAGCCAAUUGACUGUGUGUUCUGUAGCAAACAGGACGUUUGCAGCCUGCUCUGGGAGGGGCCGAGAGAGAUACGGGAAAGUCAGGCGUGGCUGAGAGCUCAGCUGACAAUUUUGCCCAAAUGGUUCAGCACAGAUAGGUCCAUUGGGGCCUGUGCGGUGGGAGACGUAACUGUAUGCGGAAGCUGUCGAACGCAAAGGCAGCUAUGGAGUAUAUGGCAGUAUGAGCUAGCCGUAGGUACUUGUGGAUGCAACACUUGUACCGACUGUAGAUUGAAGUACAAUCUACGAGGUCAAGAAUGUAAGUGUACUUUAAAUGACCUAGGUGAGCUUGCAAAAUGUGAGAGAUGCAAGCUGAUGCUGAAGAAACGAUGGUUAAAAGUCACCAGUUUCAAGGGUGUCUGGCAAACUAGAAAAAGCGAAACAAGCUUGGGAUGUUUGGCCAAAGACAAGAUCAUGGCGGAAUGGGAUGUGAAUCCAUUGGCCUUGAUCAGCAACACGGAGAAAGCUUUCUUGUGGGAAAGGUUGCUGUGUUCAGGGGGACCGGUUCCAAGAGAUUCGGAUCCGUUAGUGAAAGGUGGGGUAUUAGAUGUGACCCUAGCCAGAGACAGCGACCUAGACCUUUGGAAGGAAGUCAUAAGAGACCCAGUGUAUGAGAAGGGGCACCCGGUUAGUUAUAAAACCAAAGGGGUGUAUAAAGAAACAAGUAUGCAUGAGAUGAUUACUGACUUGAUUAAGGAAAUGUCUUUUCAGGAAGAGUAUCCCAUUUACAUGCCCAGAGAAUAUAGCCAUUAUGUCAGGGAAACUUCUCUGACCGUAAGGGCUAGAUCACAACAGACUUUUGUAGGGACAGAUAGGGUGAAGAUUAAAAUGGGCCUUGGCAACAGAAGUGAGUUGUGGGAAUUCAGGGUGCAUUUGACCACUACAUCCGACUUUCUCGGAGUAGGGAAGGCAAUAGAAGGGGUCAAACUUAUCAGAUCAAGCAUAACAAAACCCAGCUCACUGAGCAGAAUGACCAUCUGGAUCAGACAAAAGCUAGGGAAAGUUUAGGUUGAUGUAUGUCUCUGUGUCUGUUGUGUGUUUUACAGAAGCAGGAUGGUGAAACAGCGGAAACAUCUGAAAAGGAAGUACCUAAAGCUGCAGAGGAAGCGAAGCAGCUUGGGAAUCGGGCUGUUGUCAGCGCUGACUAUGCUGGGAGCAGCAUUGUUAAUACUGGGUCUGGGAUUAUCAGUAGAUAACGAGACAGAAGUGGUUAGCGUAUCAUCCUGUUCUGUUGUUGAAAAAUUAGUGUUAAAAAUAUGCUAUAAGCAAACAGUAAAUAUUGGUGGGGUGAAAUAUGGCUCAAAAAUGAUAAGGGACAUGUUUAAAGGAAUGAUAGAACAUAUAGACAAAUCAUUUUGGAACUGUACAGGGGCUCGGAAAAUAAGUGCUUCAAAGGGGCCAGCUCUUUACGGGGGUAAAGUAAUCAAGAAUAGUACCAGGUGGAGAUGGAAUAUUCUCGACGGUCAUAAUCAGACGCACGUAAAGCUAAAGGGCCUAAAGUACAAUCUCACUGAUAUCACUAAUUUGACGUUUAGUAAGCAUGUGUACAAAAUAUGGAAUAGUCCUGUACUCCAGAUAACUGGGGUGCAGCAUUGGGAUUGUCUGACCAAGGAAAUUGUUACGGAGCAUAGUAAUAAAUGGUUGGGUAAAACUGUUGGGGAUCAGUCGAUAGAGAUUGAAAUUGAUAAAGUUCCAGCAGAUAAAAGGCGUAGCGGUAGAUCUGCCCCAGAGGGGGCAAAUUAUCGGAUCACGGACCAAACAUGGAACAAUGAAGAUAAUUCAGAACCAGUGCAGCAAAGUUAUUGGCCCAAGGGCCUGAAUCCGCACGUUUUAAUUGUUGGAGUUUAUAAAAAUAAACCUAAGCCGGCCUAUGUUGAAUUAAAUUGGGUAACGUGCGAGCAGUUGGUCAUGCCUAUUGGGAUGUGUGAGAGGCGCAAUAAGUGCCCGUUGCUGACCAAGAACAAAUUUGUAAGUAGUAAACCGGAAAAUCAGUUUUGGUACAACAUUGACCAGCAUUGCAGAACUGAUUAUGGUAAGACAACCGCAUGGGUGUGUUAUCUGAAUAGCACCUCUAAAUGGGACUAUAAGGAAUUCGAAAAGCACGGUAAAGAUAUUAUUAACCUGUGGCAUGAUUGGAUGUUGCUACAGGAUCCGAGUAAUGACAUGGUGAAGAGGGAAAGUAGGCGCGAUACGUGGACGAUCAACGCCACCUUGUGGGCGAAUGGGGUAGGGGGUAAGAGAUUGCAUCCCCUGACCUUAGAUUAUGCGCCCAGACCAGGUCUGUCGAUAGAACUGGCAAAUUACUCGGGCAUAAUGGACUAUAUCUUGAGUAAUGUGACUAACCAGCAAUACAGGUCCGCUCUUGCCCUGUACUGUAUGGGUUGGGACGGCGUUCAUCGGAGUACCCAUACAAAUCAAGGUAUUUGGGCGAACCAUAGUGAUGCUGCUAACAAGGGGACUUUAAGAUGGAUUGGACUUUCUAACCUUAUGUAUAGGGUGUGGGAUGUUUUUCCAGUGGUAAUGGGGCUGGAUAAGACAACGACGCGUACUGUAAGCUGGAGGUCGUUCCAUAAUCAUCCGGCUAAUAAGAGUAUAUUCCCGAUCGUGUGGACAAUAUGGAAUAAAACCGUAGGGUUGCAAACCAGAACGUUGGCGCAUGGUUUUUGGAGUAGUAAAUAUUAUUUGCCGAUGUUGAAACCUUCAGAAAGGCGCGGUGCGACGAAAACUGACUAUAAAAUUCUGAUGGCCUCGCCCAAAUUUGAUAUCAAAGACAGUGGCUCAUUCUCGAGACAUAGUCUGAGGCCUGAGGACCAUGACCGUGAUGAGGUGAAGAAACGGUCAAAUGUCUGGAACAUGGGUUUGGGAAAAUUUGUGUACAGGCAUUGGGAUGAGGUUAAGUAUUUGUGGAUACCCGCGAAAGAGCAAUAUUGUGACAUGGAAAUGUUUAAUUCAUGGAAAAUUAAAACCCCAGGAAAUAUAUUUAGUCCUAACAUUACGUGGAUGCAUGGAGAUGAACAUGUUU